AUGUUUUGGCGCUUUGGAUUUAAUAGCUCCACCUUAGACACUUUAUUGGAUAAAGAAGACGUUACUUUUGAAGAAGUGUUAGAGGAAGAAGACUUACUUCAAGAAGCAAAGUCUAUGAACCCUAAACUUGUAGAGUUCCUAAGUAAACCUGAACAUAUCAAAGCUUUAUUGAAUUAUAUUACUGCUACAGACUUGGAAGAAAAUAAACGAUUCAAAUAUCCUUUUCUUGCAAGUGAAAUUAUUGCUUGUGAAAUUCAACCUAUUAUUGAUGCUAUUGUGAUUGACCAUAAAGACCUUCUUGUUCAAUUCUGGUCUUAUUUAGAUCGACCUGCUCAACCCAGAAGGCGUGCGAAUGAUACUACAGACACAUCUGGAGAAGAGCAAGUGGUUGGGCUAGAUUCAUUACAAGCCUCUUAUUUCUGUAAGACGAUUGGUGUCUUGCUGUCUAAAUAUCCUAUCGAAAUGAUGACAUUUAUCCAAUCCAAUCCAGAAAACCUAAACAAGAUUUUGUCUCAUUUACAGACAUCUGCUAUUAUGGACUUACUGCUAACUUUGGUGCGUAUGGAAGAAUUGCCCGAAGGAAAAGGUGUCGUCAAGUGGUUAAGUGAUCAUAAGCUACUUGGUAAUUUAAUUGAUAGACUGGACCCUUAUCUUGAUGUUGAGGAACACUCGAUUGCUCAACAAUGUAUAUGUGAAAUCAUUCGAAUGUCACAAACAAGCUUACCUGAAUCCCCAAGUAUUGGAUUAAAUGAACUUAUUGUUGAACUAAAAAGUGAGCUUACAAUGCAAAAGUUGGCCAAAUACAUGUUGGACCCUGAUGCACCCAAUGCUACAUCCACCCUCAUCAAUGGGGUUAGUAUUAUUAUUGAUAUUAUUCGACACAACAACAGUGACCUUGAAAACGAUCCAGCUGUAGCAGCUCUUUAUGAAUAUCAACAACAGCAGCAACAACAACAACAACAACAAUCAUUUCAACGUGCAGGUGUUUCUUUAGCUGAUAUGCUCAAAGUCAUGGGUGAUCAUGUGUCUGAAUUUACACAUCUCUUGUUAAAGCCUCGAUCCGUUCGUGGUCCUAUUCGUACUACGUUAGGUGAGAUGGAGCCCUUGGGAUUUGAAAGGCUCAAGAUUUGCGAAUUGUUUGCCGAGUUAUUACACUGUUCCAACAUGUCCAACUUGAAUCAUUUCAAUGUCGCUGCAGAUGACGAAGAAGAGGAAGAAGGUAAAGAGGAAAAGGAAUCAGGAUUAUCUGUCGGUGAUUACCUUAAAUCAAAGUUUGUCGAGAAUAAGGCCAUGCCUAUCUGUGUUGACUUGUUUUUUGCUUUUCCCUGGAAUAACUUUUUGCAUUAUGUUAUUUAUGAUAUGCUUCAUCAAGUAUUUAAUGGACGUAUGGAUAUUGGACUUAAUCGUCAUUUGGCUAUUUCAAUUCUUAAAGAUGGCCAAUUGACAGAUAAGAUCAUUAUUGCUCAAAAAGCAAAUGAUGAAGCAUGUGCCAAGCCCAAAGGCAUGCGUGCAGGUUAUAUGGGUCAUUUAACAUUUAUUUCUGAUGAAAUCAUGAAGCUGUUUGAAGGAUAUCCCGAAACUAUUGUCUUGGAAAUUAAGGAUGACAUUGAUAUGGAAGGCUGGAAUGCUUAUUGCAACAAUGAAUUAAAAGAGACAAAAGAUAGAGAUCAGUUACCUUUAGGCGGAUUGCGUCCAAAUGAUGAUGUGGAUGUGCCUCAGAGUGAUGAAGAAGAUGACGAGGAUGCUCUAGAAGGAACGGCUGCUAGUCAAUAUUCGAGAUUCUUGGCUCAACGCGGUGAAGAAGGUCAAUUUGAUGAAGAAGAUGAAGAAGAUGCUGAUCAUUGGAUAACGUAUGUAACACAUAGUCAUAAAAAGAAAUUGACAUUUCCCAGUGGUAGAGAUGAUUUUAACCGAGAUUACAACUACAAUAAUAACAAUUAUACAAAAAAUGAAAUGGCUGAAGAUGGAGAAGAGGAUGAAUACAAUAGCAAUGACGAAGAGGAAAACGACAACCAUAUCACACCUGAUUGGACUCGUAACUUCUCCAAGUUUUCACAACCCACAUCGCUUCGUCGUACCUCUAGCCAUACAGCUAAUAAUAAUGACGAAGACGACGAUGAAUACGACGAUGGUGAUGAUUUUGACCAUUUGGCUGAUGCUGAGGAAUUAGAAAGAAGAGCAGCCCUUCGUCGAGCUGGAUACAAAGUAACUGAAGAAGGAGAACAGGAGGAAGACGAUGAAUUUGGCGACUUUGAAAGUGCUGCUGAUAAUGAAUCUGAGCAAAAACAAUGGGAAUUAUCGAGUCAAAUGGAAAAUUUAGAUGUAAAUAAGAAACCGACAACGCUAGCUGUUGUUCAAGAUGAGUACCUUGUGAGAGCCAUCAAGACAAAAGAAGAAGAAUACUUGAAACAGAAAAAGGAAUAUCAGCAUGAUGCAGAUGAACAAGAAGGAGAAAUCUAA